AUGACGGAUGCGACAACGACGCCAUUCAAAGACAACAAGCCGUAUGCAUUAACGAGUCCAGAGCAAGAGCAGUGGAAGGUGGGUGUGCCCGGCAUAGCCAGGUUGAAAUAUGCUUUCCAAACAUCGAAAGACGAAAAGAAGAUCUCCCAGGCCUCCAUAGAGAGUGCAGUGAAGUUGAAAGACUUUCACCUUGUCGACCGCUACGAGCCUAUAUUAAGAGACUGGAGCACUUUGUUCGACAAUAUUAUCCCUUUUCUCGCAGUGGAUGACCGCGUUGUGGGGAGUGUUGUCCACUCUCCGGCACUGCAGCUCUGGAAGACGGGUGACCAUCCGUGGUCUAGGGACUGGGCCUUUGUUCGUCUGGAUCGAACAAAAUUCCCCGACAACGGGAACGGGCUAAAGAACACGGUCGAUCUGCGGGUCAGAAGUCUCCCAGCCAGCUUGAACAAGUUCCCCUUUCCCACGGACCGGCUCCUUACGCUCUCUGACAAGAGAAAGGACAUCGUUACCUUACAAGAGAUGCGCGACAGAAAAUCCCUUGACGGUAACGGUAGCCGGUCUUUCAUUGUUGCCAAAAAUGGGGCGAGCACUGGCCUCAUAUUCGGAAGCCCCUCCGAGCUCAUGUCGACCGUGCGUUACUGUAUGCCCGGUGGGCAUUCAUACACGACCCAUGAAUGGUCGAUCGAGGGCAGUCUCGACAAUCUCUUAGAGCCAUUCUCUCGGGGUGGAGAUUCUGGCUCGUUGGUUUUCACCAUCGAGGGGAGGCUAGCGGGCAUUGUUACAGGAGGUGCUGCCGUCGGGGAGAAUAGUGGCGUCGAUAUCACCUACGUGACGCCACUGGAGGUGAUCCUAAAGGACAUUGAGGAUUGUUUGGGGAACAGAAAGGUUAGAUUACUGUGA